UCCCAUUAUCGACAAAGCUCCACUUGUUAAGCUCAUCCCGAACACGAUGUUAAAAUUUGUGUGCGUUUUAGUGGCACUGGUGACAUUCUGUGCUACUUUAAACCUGCCCCCCUCAUUCAAAAAAUGCAAGCUACGAAGUGGCGCCUUCGACCAGUGUUUGUCUACAGCUAUUCAGGACGCAAUUCAGCAGCUGAAAAAACCGCUUCCUGACUAUGGUUUACCCAGUAUAGAACCAUUUGAAGCACCAAAGGAGGUUUUUCUUGAAUACGGAAACGAAACGACUGGUAUUCGUCAAAAAUACUUCAACAUAAAAAUCGGCGGUUUCACAAAAAUUGAAAAAACCAGUGCAAGAUUUAAUCUCGAACGUAAAAUUUUAUUUCUAAACAUUACUUUCUCGGAGCUUCUAUUCUCGUCCGGCUACGAAGCUCGUGGAAGAUUUAUUUUAUACCCAAUUGAUGUAUCAACGACAGUUGCGAUGAAAAUUAUUAAACCAACGUUCAAAGUUGUCUUCAAUUUGGAAAAAUAUGAAAAAGAAAACACGAAAUAUUUUAGGGCCCUUGAUAGUUUCCUCGACAUAGUUUUGGACGGAAUGACGUACGAUUUUAAAAAUAUUUUUCAAGAGGAAGUUCUAAAUAAGGAAUUUAAUCGUGGAAUGAAUGGAAAGUGGCAAAACAUUGUAGGUUUCCUCCAAGCGACCUUCCCAAAAUUCUGGAUCACUUUGUUCGAACAAACGUUUAAUAAUUUGUUGGAAAGAGUCCCCGCUUCUGAUUUAUUCGUCGGACUGUAAUAGUAAUAAUAAUAAUAAUUGUGAACAAGUGAUUAUGGUUUAAUAAAAGAUUUCCCUUUA